AUGCCUGCGUGCGGGAGCUUUGCCCCGCAGCUUGGGAUAUCUCUCUCCCUCUCCUCUUCUGAUAUCGACUCAUUUUUUUUCGCUUGUGCUUUCUCUCUUUUGAAGCCACCAGAGCAGCACGUACUCCUGGGAAGAUUGGUAUUGGUUGAGCAAAUGGAAGAUUAUUUCGACUGGACAGACCACCCGGUUCUUUUGUACGGGUGCUCUACGUAUGAUGCUGCUAAACGACCGAUGUGCUAUGUGCUGCUUUUCAGAUGCAGUAAUUACGCGGCAUAA